AUGUCGCUUGCCGACGAGAUCCUCGCUGUCGAUCCGGGCGGCCUGGCGCGUAUCGAUCCGGUUGCACACGUUGCGCGCGCCGAUGCAGUCGCGUGUCGUGGCAAGAACAAUGCCAAGGAGUCGAGCAGUCAAACGAUCAGCAACGAGGCCGACGGAGAGGACAACGAUGGUGGUUUGGGCAGAUCCACGGCCCGUGCCGAUCAGCCUGCAACUCCGCUAGGCGCGUACCUGGCUUCGCUCGGCAUCGAUGAUGGCCAGCAUCGUGCACCGAGUCGCGAACGGAUCCUUCUUCAUGCACUCGUCGGCGAUGCUGCUGGCGAGAGCUGCGUGGAGCUCGAUGUCGCUGGUCCGCCCUCAGACAACGUCCUCGAUGGUGCUGUCCAAGGUGUCCGAGCUGUCAUUGACGAGACUUUCGGCAGCAGAUCGGACAAAGUGCUGCCCACGCCGAGGCAGAUUCCAUCGGAACCGUCCGCCACUCCUCAAGCUGUGGCCACAUUGAUGGUAGCGGUUGGUGUGGCUUUGGCAGCCGGACUCCGUGGGUGUGGACUCUCGCUCUCGGCGACGGUGGCGACGACGAUCGCCGUCGUGACAAUGGUAUUUGGACGGAUGCUGGUGGAUGCGCUCUCGAGGCAGAGCAGCAUGUGUGCGCAUACAAUGCUCGGGUGCUCACUGAGAGUGCUGCUGGGUGAGCAUGGGCGGAUAGUGGCGGCGGCGAGGAGAGGCUUGCGAGCCAUCAAGGAGCGCGAGCUACUUGCCCGCGGCUACCGACUGCCGUCGGAAGGCAUGCCGCCGGUCUCCCGAAUGGAAGCACAGGACGGUAAGCGACGACGGCGAGCGCUUGUUCCGCUCCGUGCCGCUCUGGCUACCGGUCUAACCGCUGCCGCCGCCGCCUGGGACGCUCUCCUCGCGCCCUGGCUCGCCACCCAUGCAAAGCUGGUCAUCCCACCGCCGCCGGUCGAGCUGGCCGAACCGACGAGCUUGCUGGCGCUCAAGUUCAAGCUCGCUCGCCUUGUUGCUGCUGCUGAGCUCCUCCAGCGGCGGAGUAGUGCUGCCGCAAAGGCCGUGGUUGUUGCCGGUGUGGCCGAGGAGGCGGUGCGAGCAACUGCCGCCGCAAAGGCCAUGGCCGCCGCCCGGCUGGAGCUCGAGCUGGCGGUAGAGCGUGAGUCUGAGGCGGCGGCUGCAGCAGCGGCAUCAGCGGCGGCAAAUGCCCUCCGUCCGCCGCAGAUUGUUCAUCGCUCGCCGGCGGAGCGGUAUGUGCGCGCGAUGGCGACGCUGCGGGCGACGCUGGAGCACGUGGCGCGGGCUGCAGGUGACGCGGCGAGCCACGGUGAGGCGCUGGGUGGUGACGUCGGCACAGUGACGCCGAGCACGCUUGCCGAGUGUGAGGCCCAGUUUGCGGCGGUGGAGUCCGGAGUCGCGGCGAUGCAGGCGGUAGAGUUGGCGAGCGCCCGGAUCGAGCUCGCGCGGGCGCUGGGCGUCCACGCGCCCGAGACGGGCACCGUCCACGAUGCGAGCGAGGGGAGCGGCGAGCAAGGCGAUGCCGAAACGUACGGCGAAAUCGACGGCGAGGGGCUGGCGGGGAAGGCGACGUCGCUGGCGGCUGAUCUCCUCUCGAUGCAGCAUCGGGUCAAGACCGAGCCGAUUCCAACGCUCGAAGCGUACACCGGGCCGGAGCCUCCGCUCGCGCCGGUCUCGUUGCCGCGGAUGAGUCGUGGGCUCUCUCUCCUUGACGCGCUAUCGGACGGCCCGCUGCCUGUGGCGUUUGCGCGGCGGCGGAAGGGUGACGCUUCUAGCAGCCAGGCGAAGGCGAUCAAGGCAGCGCCACGCCGGUGCCGUACGAGCCGACGCGGAUCCUGCCCGAGCUGAAGGACGUGCUCGGCGAGCGGAUUGUCGGACGCGGCGAACAGGUGCAUGCGCUCGACGAUGGCGACGGCAGCGAUGGGGGGGUGCAGACACGUUUAGGACUAGGUUCGGUUAUCACAGGUUGCGCUGCUUCUUGGCCUUACGGCCGUCCUCGGACGGCGGCUCAGUGCCGCGCUUGCGGUACGAGGCCGAGGAGGAGGAGGCCGAUGCGGCGG